UUUCAGCCUCUGAGUUUUAUGUUGCAAAUGACUUCAGAGAUUUAUUUUAAAACGCCUUGACAAAUAAAUUAUAGAUUUCUGGUUGCCACAAUAAAUUCUUAAUUAAGGGGUGAACCGUAUUGUUUCGUGAGAGUCGGUGAAAUGUACAUAGAUAUAACGGUUUUAAGCGGUAUCGAUGACAUGUUUUUUCCCGGAGCGUAUUCCAGUGAACCAAAGUUUUUGUAUGAGUUGAAUCCUGGUUGCGAAUAGGGAGAGGCAAGGGGAAGGCCUCGGAGUGGAUUUGGAGCCAUGGCCGGGAAUUUUGAUGCCGUGGACCGUGCUAGCUGGUACUGGGGAAGGUUGAGCCGACAGGAGGCGGUUUCUCUCUUGCAGGUUCAGAGACAUGGCGUGUUCCUGGUCAGGGACUCGAUUACCAGUCCUGGGGACUACGUGCUAUCCGUCUCAGAGAACUCAAAAGUCUCACAUUAUAUAAUUAACAGCAUCAGCAACAACCGGCAAUCUGGAUCAGGUCUGCCCCCCCCAUGGUUCCGCAUCGGGGAUCAGGAGUUUGACGCCCUGCCCGCCCUGCUGGAGUUCUACAAGAUCCACUACCUGGACACCACCACGCUGAUCGAGCCCAUCAGCAAGGCCAAGCAUGCAGGCUUCGUGAGCUGUGCCGCCGCUGCAUCGGGCGGCACCCCGCAGGAGGCAGAGUUUGUUCGCGCCCUCUUCGACUUCCCUGGCAACGACGAGGAGGACCUGCCCUUCCGCAAGGGUGACGUGCUGCGCGUGCUGGAGAAGCCUGAGGAGCAGUGGUGGAACGCGGCCAACCAAGAGGGCCGUCUCGGCAUGAUACCCGUGCCCUACGUAGAGAAGUACCGGCCCGCCUCGCCCACCUCCUUGGGGGCUCCGGCAGCAGGGAGGCCCGGCGGGGCAGGAGGAGUAGGCGGAGGACCGGCGGCUGUUGGAGGCAGCACUACCGACGGAGCAGCUCCCCAGCUGCCCCCGCCUCUGGGGGAGCCGGGCCAGUAUGCCCAGCCCGUGGGCAACACACCCCUGCCCAACCUGCAGAACGGACCUGUCUACGCCCGUGCCAUUCAGAAGAGGGUGCCCAAUGCCUACGACAAGACGGCCCUCGCCUUGGAGGUCGGAGACAUGGUAAAAGUGACCAAGAUCAACGUGAACGGCCAGUGGGAGGGCGAGUGCAAGGGCAAGCAUGGCCACUUUCCCUUCACGCAUGUCCGGCUUCUGGACCACCAACACCCUGAGGACGAGAGCUGAGAGACAGACACACACAAACACACGCACUUAGUCUCACUCCUCACUUCACAAAAUCCCUCCUCUGUGAUCGUUUCUCACAGAUGAUAGAAAGUGCACACAAGCACACAGGAUAUACGGACUGCAGUGGUCAAGAGUUGCAACUUACCCGCUGUUGUUGCCAAUGGCGCUGGGGUUCACUCCCUCCCCUCCUUAUUUUGAUGAAGUUCUCUCUUUCACAUACACACAUGGAAUAGAUUUUACACUUCCACCCCAGUAUUGAAGUCCUGAUACACUACACACACAGCAGCGUUUAUGCCCCCUCUCCCAUGUCAUCUACAAAAUCCUCCUUUACACACAUACAUGCACACACACAAUUCAGACACUUGUGUAUAUGUGGCUUCUCUCACAGACUCAUGGAUCACCCUUUUGUAGUAACGGACUGUGAACUUGGGAGUGAGAAGAGUAGCCAUCCUGACUCCUAAUUUUGUGGAGACAGACGCUCACUGCGACUGAAACCCGACUAUUGCUGCACUUCACAGACGGGACGAGUUACCACAGCACACUCCACUACUCACCACAGGGGCUCUAACCCAGCUCCUCUCUGCUACAAACCCCACACUACAAACCCCCAAGUCCUCUUUUUGUACUGAAAUGAAAAAUAUUAUGAUAGAAUUAUGACAGGUACAGCAACUGACAAAAUAAAGGAAGGACUUGAGUAAAUGAUGGAUACAAAGUAUAUUGAAAGCAGGUGUGUUCACACAGGU